AACUAAAGAGCACAUUUUUUCCCACACAAUAUUCACACAAAUCUAUUGCGACUUUAUUUUAAAAAACAGUGUAUACGUGUAUGUCUAAAUAUGUUACAUCAUAGCAAUGCGUUUGAAGUCACUGAGAGGGACAUUUAUUUUGAAAAAUAGUGUAGAAUAGUGACAUUCCUGAUUUCGUUUGACCGGUUUGUAAACUCUCGUCUGCAGUGUGUUUGAGAUUAAUUUUAUAUCGAGAGAAAAUGGUUUCUUUGUCUAUAAACUCGCUGAGACAGGUGAUGCGGGCCAUGCUGGAGUCUCCUAGAUUUGACCGGGUUUUAAAUAAGGUCGAAUUGAUUUCAGCCAGUCCGGGGAAAGUCGUGUGUCAGUUUAAAGUGGAAAAGGAGCACACUAACCAAGGAGGAACCCUGCACGGAGGAAUGACCGCCACUCUGGUUGAUGUGAUUUCCACUGCUGCGCUCUUGUACACGGAGAGAGGAGCACCUGGAGUCAGCGUCGACAUGAACAUCACGUAUAUCAACGCAGCCAAGGUUGGAGAAGAGCUCUUGAUAACCGCGCAGGUUUUAAAGCAAGGACGCACUAUGGGAUUCACGACUGUUGAUUUAACAAACAAAGCGAAUGGCAAACUGAUCGCUCAGGGAAGACACACGAAGCACCUUGGCAGCUGAUUCCUAAAACAAUGCCUGUGAAAUAUGGAUAAGUAAACGUGUGUGUGUAUAUAUUUGUAUGUAGGCAUGUAAUAAAACAGGAAGAGAUUUUCAAA